GCAAAAUAAGUUGUUUUUGCGAUUUGUGGUUAAGCAAUAACUGCGCGGUUUCGAUGCGGUUUCCGUUUUCCCAGCCCGCGAUAAAGAGAAAGUCUUGCCAAUCAUUUGUGUAUUGGGGUUAAAUAGAUUGGGCCUGACGAAUGUGGAUUUUAUGCUUGUGUCUUGGAUCUCGAUACCCAUUAUUUAUCCCACCAUUAUGAAAAGAAAAGCCCAAUUGUUCUACCGAAAAAAAAAAAGCCCAAUUGUGUAUUGCUUGCACACGUCAGACUUUUUCUUAUAAUAGUCACACGCGUUGAACGAGUCAAACUUAACCGCGUAAAUUUUUAGACAAAUUGGGGGAACCGACUCCGGCGUAUAUUUUCUGCUAACCGCCUCUUUCCAACGGUAAUAAUUUGCCGACCGACUCGCCGUGAUGGUCCCUCUAUAAAUUACUUAGAAUGCUUUCCCGGCAUUUUUCUCUAUGACAAAGACGAGAAGCGUCCGAGCCUAGGGUUUCGCCGUUCCUGUAGAGUUAGGGUUCUGGUUGCCGGCGAUGUCGCUAUCUGUCUAUUGUUGUUGGCUUUGUUAGGGUUCGGUGAUGGGGUGACGCUUCCCUCUCUCUGUCUGUGACUCCGGUGCGAUGGAUGUCACCGGCGAACGUCCCUUCCUGGAUGUUCGAGGUUUUCCGGUGGUUAAUUGGUAAAGGUUUUAUCAUCUUGUCCCUUACGCCUCCCCAUCUUUGUUUAUUUUGCUUGCGUCUUGUGGGUUUAGUUUCUAAACGUUUCCUUCUUGGUCGAAGGGCUAGUUCCCUUAUUUGUCCUGUGAUGUCUGUUAAACUUGAUGAAAUAGGCUCAGUGGGUUGAAAAGGGUCAUAAUCGCUCUCACUUUGUUGAUUCAUGAGGGUAACUUUGCCAGUUCUUUGAUGCAAAAUAUUAGCUGCUAUGUUUUUGUCCCCGAAUUCCAAGUUUUGGGUGAUCGAAGUUGGUUCCAGAAUCACAAGUUGGUUUGUUGCCCAUGAGCAAUGCCAAUAUUAGCCGGGCCUAGGAUCGAACAGUGAUGUUGUCUUGUUAGUUCUCUGAUUUUUGUCUUUUAUUUGCCAAAAAUUGCUCUUUAUAGCUUAUCGGUUGACUGAAAGUCCAUUAAGCAAGCACUUGAAAGGGAGUUACAGAGGAGAACCAUGUACUGAGUUGCAAUUAUUUGACUCUAUUAACAAUCUGAUUUGCUGCCUGAACUGGUCGCUCUUCUGCAUCUAUUAACAGACUGAGUUGUAAUUAUCUGCCUGAGCAUUAGCAUGAGUUCUGUUUCACAUUCUCUUUGCUGCCAUUCAGUAAGCCAGUAUAGGAAGCUUGUGAAGUGAAAGAUUGCAAGUCCUCGUUUCCUUUAUGUCAAGUUCAUUUGAAUGUUGCGACCUGUAUAUUUGGAUUAAUACAUUUUGCUUAUGAAACAUUUGUUGGUUGCUUUCACCACUUAAGUGCUUAAUGAAGUCGUAAUAAUCCUGCUAGAUUUGUCUGAGUUUAUGGAAGGCAUCGUUGUUAAGUGGUUGUUGGCAGAUGCAAAACAUAUUACUAAUAAUGUGAGCUUGCAUUAACACGAGCUUAUUUCAUUUCUAAGGCCCUAGAAGGGAAUUAUCUUGUCAUAAUUUUCCUUCUGCCUUAAUUAAACACCGGCUGUGGCGAUUCUACAAACUGAUAAUUACAAGGUCCUUGAUGGGAAUUAUACCUAGUCAUGGUUGCCCUUUUGUCUCAAGUAAAAUUAGUGCCGGUGGUUCUCUUCAUUGUAUAUUACAAGGUCCUAGAUUGGAAUUAUGCAUAGUCAUGGUUGCCCAUCUGCCUUGUGUAAAGAUUAUUGUGGGGAUUCUCAAAGUGCAUUACAAUGUCCUAGAAGGAAUCAUGCUCAGUCAUGGUUGCCCUUCUGCAUUGAGUAAAGAUUGGUUGUGGCGGUUCUCCGAACUGAAAAGUACAAGGUCGAAGAAGGGAAUUAUGCAUAGUCAUGGUUGCCCUUCUGCCUUGAGUGAGAUUGCUUAUAGCGACUUUCGAAGUGAAUUACAAUGUCCUAGAAAGGAAUGUGCUUAUCAAUAGUUGCCCUUUUGCAUUGAGUAAAGAUUGGUUGUGGCGGUUCUCCGAACUGAAAAGUACAAGGUCGAAGAAGGGAAUUAUGCAUAGUCAUGGUUGCCCUUCUGCCUUGAGUGAGAUUGCUUAUAGCGACUUUCGAAGUGAAUUACAAUGUCCUAGAAAGGAAUGUGCUUAUCAAUAGUUGCCCUUUUGCAUUGAGUAAAGAUUGGUUGUGGCGGUUCUCCGAACUGAAAAGUACAAGGUCGAAGAAGGGAAUUAUGCAUAGUCAUGGUUGCCCUUCUGCCUUGAGUGAGAUUGCUUAUAGCGACUUUCGAAGUGAAUUACAAUGUCCUAGAAAGGAAUGUGCUUAUCAAUAGUUGCCCUUUUCCAUUGACUAAAGAUUGGUUGUUGGUGGUUCUCUAAAUUGAAAAUGACAAGGUCCUGGUUGGGAUCAUGAGUAGGGAGGAGUUUCAUUUUUCUGAUAACAUGCAUUAUACUAUAGAUUCUGAUAAUGGUUGGAUUUAGACGGUAUAAACUUGCGAGCCUGCUGGAUAGAGAUUUUGAUGCUGGUGUUGUGUGGGGUUCUGCUCACUUGUCUUUUGCAAUGGUGUCUAUUAACCAGAAAGCUUUGUUUCAUGUUAGUACAUCGUAUCAGAUAAUCAUAGUCUCAAUUCUGUCUGUUUAGUUUAAUCAUCAUAAUAUUGCGGCCAUCCUGAUUCAGUUGGAGAUUUGGAAGGGAACUUAUUCUGGUAUGAAAUCUGUUGCCAAAUCUGGAAAGUACAUAUGGGUUUACUGUGUCACUUGUAUCGGUUGUGAAAGGCAAGGGCAUCGGGUUGGUAUAGUUCAAUUUUAUAUGGUUAAUAGGCUGCUUCCUAGUCUUGCAGGAUACCUACGAGUUGCAAGAUGCAUUGAUCUUACCUUAGAGAUUUUGGGUGCAAGUAUGACAUGUUCACUGUAAUACAUGCAGGGGAAAGCUGCAGAUGUUGAGCCUCUAAACCUUAUAAUGGAACUGGUGUAAGCAAGAGAGUUUGGUUGUAUAAUUGAAUCCAAUGUGGUUACAGUAUCUUGUUCUUCUUCUGCCUCUAUAUUCUUGUAUUCUUGCUUCCUUUAGUUGCCCUUUCCAUGGACAUGUUGGUUUGUUGCAGUUCAGAGAAUUUGAUUGAAAUAACUCUCCUACGAGUAGUUGUCGUGCUAUAUGUUUAAUGGACUAAUUCGUGGUAGUUCUUAGGGGAUCUUUGUAUCGCAAUACAGGAGCAAAAAAAGUGUAUGUCAUCAGUUGGUUAUAUCUUUGCUCUGCAGUGGUUUUCAAUGUGAGAACUAGAAAUACUUGUAGAAACAAUUCAGAUUAAAAAUCAUCAAGUCUGGGGAUUCUGAGGUUGAUGGAAUGCAAAUUCCUAUCGUAAUUUGGUGCCAAGUCCGGAUAUUGAAAAUGGGCUCAUAAUCUCUCUCACUUUGUUGCUUCAUGAGAGUAACUGUUGACAGUUCUUCAAUACAAAGUUUUGGCUGCUAUGUUCUUGUCCGAUAUCCAAGUUUUGGGUGAUUGACAGUUGGUUCCAGAAUCGCAAGUUGGUUUGUUGCGCAUAACAAUGCUAAUUUUAGUGGGUCCUAGGAUCGAAUUGUGAUACUGCCUUGUUAGUUUUCUAAUUUUUGUCCGACCAACAGUAUUUUUAUAGCUUAUCGGUUGUCUGAAAAUCCAUAAACCAUUUCCAUUGGUCUCUCUUCUGCGUCUAUUAAUUAUCUGAGUCAAUUAUCUGCCUGAACAUUAGUAUGAGCUCAGUUUCACAUACUAUUUGCUACCAUUCACUGAGCCAGUAUUGGAAGCUUUGUCAAGUUAAAACAUUGCAAGUCCUUGUUUCUCUUAUGUCAAGUUCAUUUGGGGAGAUAUUUUAUGUUGCUACCUGUAUGUUUGGAUUAAUUUGUAACAUUUGUUGGUUGCUUUCUGCACUUCAGUGCUUAAUGAAGUUAAAAUACCGAG